AUGUCGACCACUGACGAAGAUACCUACGAAUUAAAACAACAGAGAAGUACUGGAUAUUUGAAGACUGUAUUUAUCUCGAGCGGCCUGAGUUGCUUUAUAACAAUCGCUGUUAUUUCGUUUUUAUUACGAAACACAGCGUUUGUCAACAUCUACAUCCCAAACACUGACGCGCAUGAAAACAACAAGAAUCUCCCAGAGCGAAGAUCAUACGCCAAGAAUGUGGAAUUGGUAAUCUUGCCCUUCGCUGUUAAACAAGGCGCGGUGUGUUUGGAUGGUUCCUCCCCGGGAUACUACUUCAGACAAGGUCAUGGUAAAGGUAGCGAUAAAUGGAUCAUUCAUUUUUUCGGGGGGGCUUGGUGCUUUGACGAAGAGUCUUGCCUUCAACGGAGUAAGACACGGUUAGGAUCUAGUAAUUUUUUUCCGCCUCACCCUCCGACAUUGCAAGGAAUUCUCUCGGAAAAUGAGAAGAUUAAUCCAGACUUUUAUAAUUGGAAUUUGGUGCUUUUGUGUUAUUGCGACGGUGCGUCGUUCACUGGCUACCGACCGGAUCCUGUAAAUGUUAACGGACAGUACAUUUAUUUGAGAGGAAGAAAAAUUCUCGAGAUUAUUAUCGAUCAGCUACUACAGAGCGAUUUUCAGAAGGCGAAUCGCCUGCUCCUUAGCGGGACCUCCGCUGGAAGCUUAGGAGUAAUGAUGCACGCUGACUUCAUCCGAAGCCGAAUUCCCAAGUCGAUAGAUGUUCGUGCAUUAGUCGACUCGGGUUACUUCGUAGAUGUGGCCGCCUUAAGCGGAGAUAACAUUAUUAACAGACAUUUCAGAAAGAUGUUCGACGUUCAUAACUCGGUGGGGGGCGUCGACGAAGACUGCGCUCGGGGAUUCACUCCCGAAGUUCGCUGGAAAUGUCUCUUCCCCCAGCAUGUGCUAAGGUUUGUCAGCACGCCUCUCUUCGUGUUACAGUCGGCUUACGACGAGUGGCAACUUAUUCACAUUCGCGGCAUCAACUGUCAAGUUCCGGAAUACAGCGACAAUUUCAUGUGGAAACGAAGCUUGUUUCGGAGAUCUACGAAAGACACUAGUGCCAUCCCGAACAAGCCGAGCCCUGAUCGGAGCUGGAACUACAAACACAUCCACGGUAUCUAUUGCAGACCACCGGAAUGCACGCGAGACGAAAUGGCAGCGAUAAUGCAGUACAGAAACGUUAGCCUAUAUGCACUGCGUCCUGUAAUGCAGUCACCGACUGCGGGACUUUUUGUGAGUUCGUGUUUAGAGCAUUCGCAGAGUUUGUAUGAUGACACGUGGACUGGGAUUUUUGUCAAUGGAUUUAGCGUAGCUGAAGCUGUGGGGAACUGGAUGUUUGAUAGGACAAACCAACACCAACACAUAGAUUGUGAACUCCCCUGCAACCCUUCAUGUGCAAACGUGUGGUGA